AUGAAACAAUCAAAGGCGGUCGAGGCCAUGAAAAUAGUUCAUGUGUACAAGGUGGCUCCGUCAGCCUCCCUACACUCCAGGGCAGCCAGUACUUGUCCAAAUUCCCAGCUUCCUCUCACUUUCUUCGACGUAUUCUGCUUAAGAGUACCUCAUGUUCAACACCUUUUCUUCUACGAAUUUCUCAAAACGACACCGUUUCACCAUUCAUCGGAUGAUGAUCAUCAUCAUAUAAUUCCAAGACUCGAACACUCCUUAUCCCUAACUCUCCAACACUUCCUUCCUCUCACCGGAAGCCUCACUUGGCCCAACUCCUCCAACAAACCGGUCCUCAACUAUGCCGAAGGCGGCGGAGAUGCCGUUUCCUUCACGGUGGCCGAGUCCGAUGCCGAUUUCUAUCGCCUCUCGUCAAGCUCAUCCGGUGAAAACUACUACCAUGUCACUGAGCACCAUCCUCUUUUACCAACCUUGGAAGUGUCUCACGAGCGAGCUGCGGUGUUGGCUUUGCAAGUCACUCUAUUUCCCAAUUGUGGAUUCUCCAUUGGGAUAACAACCCACCAUGGCGUUCUCGACGCUAAAGCCAUACACUUGUUCCUCAAAGCUUGGGCCUAUAUAUGUUGUCGAUCAGGUCAACACUAUACUUUGCCACUUGAGUUGACACCGCUCUACGAUAGAAGCGUCGUCCACGACCCAGUCGGGCUCGAAGCGAUCUACUCGAAACAGCUGCUAGAUCUUGACCGCGGACCCAACAACAGAAGCUUAUUGUGUUGGGAGUUCGACGAAGCUUCGCCAGAUGUAGUCCGGGGAACUUUUCAACUAACAGUUGAGAACAUAGAACAGCUGAGGCAGUUGAUGAAGACUGAGAUGGCUAAGACAAACGAACAACUUCACCUCUCUACGUUUUGUCUUGCAUGUGCUUACGUUUGGGUUUGUUUAGUCAAGGCAGGAGAAAUAAACGACAACAAAAAUAUGGUGUUGUCGUUUCCCGUUGAUUUUAGGCCUAGGUUGGAGCCUCAAGUACCUUCCUCGUAUUUUGGGAACUGCGUAGGUGGUAAAGUUGUGUAUGCAACGACAAAAGAUUUGGUUGGUAAAGAUGGAUUAGUUGUGGCUGUGAACGCCAUAGGUGAAGCCAUAACAAGUCUUCAUAACAAGAAUGAAGUUUUGAAUGGGGCAGAAGGGUCGCUCAUUCCGUACAUGCUAAUGUCGUUUUGGCAUGGUGCGAAAGGUGGAUCAUACUCCAUAGCCGGUUGGGUUGUAAAAGUUUUGAUGUCGUUUUGGGAUGGUAGUAGUUCAAGUGCUGGUAGUUCGUUCUCUCUUCUUGGUUGGGUUUUGAAAGUUGUGAUGUCAUUUUGGUAUAAACGUGCUUUAGCUGGAAGAAUGUAUGGUGUUGCUGGCUCGCCUAGAUUUGAGGCUUACAGUUGUGAUUUUGGGUGGGGAAGGCCAAGAAAAGUGGAUUGGAUCUUUACAAAUCUAGGCAAUAGUACGAUUCCCAUGAGCUUUUGUGACACUAGAAUUGGAGAUGGAGGAGUCGAGAUUGGGUUGCUAUUGAAGAAACAGCGUAUGGAAGCUUUUGCUUCUCUAUUUGCUCAAGGUCUUCGGUCUCAUUACGAUCAUAUUCGUUGA